AUGAUAGAAUCAGCAAUGAGCGAUACAGUGCUGCGCCUCGAACCAUACGAAUAUGCCCACAUCACCAAUGAAAAUAGCAAUACAACAGAGGCCGUCGUGGGCCCGCAGACACGUACACUACUCUCCGAUGAGAGAAUUACAAAACCCAGAACACCAUUUCAUGUUUUGCCACGUGGGUACUACUGCUGUAUUGAGAAUCCGCACAUGCGGGCUGAAGACGGUGUCACACCUGUUAUCGACAGCUAUGGCCAGGUGAAGGUGCGUUUCGGCGAGCGUGAAAUACGUUACGAUGUUCCGGCGUUCCCGCUGUAUCCAGAGGAGAAGCUUAUGUUAAUGCAUCCCAUGAUAGUCCUCCGCCAGGAUGAAGCUGUUGUGGUGCGUGCUCUGCGUGACUUUACGUCCGUCGACGGCGUGAGACGUGUUGAAGGGGAACACUAUUUGUUCACUGGACCCGGUACGUACCGUCCACGUGUUGAAGAGGAGGUGGAGGAGCAGCGCCGCGCUGUGGUCAUUGAGCCAGGACACGCUAUUUGGCUGCGAGCGUUGGAAAGCUUCACGGACGACGACGGAAAUUUGCGACAGAGGGGUGAGGAGUAUUUACGCACACAGCCUGGGUCGUAUUUCUGCCAUGUCGCAGAGGGGUGUGUGAAGCAUGUUGCUCCGCAGAGGUUGCUGCCAGACGAUGGGCUACAUGUUGAGGUGUUGCAACGGUUUGUGGAUACAAGGGAGCACGCGAAGGGUGAGGAGCGCCACGCCGGGAAUGUGUACGUUCUCACACACGAAGAGUGCCCUUUGUUUGUGCUGCACCCUUACGAGAAGAUUGUUCGAAAUGUGAAGAAGCUGCAUGUCGGGAAGAAACAGUACGCCGUUGUGGUGGGUGCUGGGGAGUGCCAACGCCGGAUUGUAACCGACGCUUCAUUCUACCUGCAGGUGGGCGAGACGCUCGAAGGGGGCGCAAUCCACAAUAGCUACAUCCUUAACGAAGCACAGGCUCUGUUGCUGAAGGCGUUAGAGGAUUUUGAGGACACCGAUGUGGAGCCACCUUUGAAGCGGCAUGGUGGGGAUUUAUGGUUGCUGCGGGGCCCUCGGGAGUACGUUCCAAACGCUUUUGUUAGCAUAUGUCAAAGCACAGGUAACAGAGAUGUGCGAGAGCGUAUCAUACUGACAGACGGAGAAGGAAUUUACGUGCGCAACAUUGCCACUGGUGCUGUUCGGGCUGUAAAUGGCCCCGCCGCGUACAUGCUCGAAGCCUUUGAAGAACUGUGGGAGAAAACGCUGCCACUCGAUGUAGAGUGGUGCCUCGAGCAGCAGAGAUUAUCUCCCGAGACGAGUAUUAUGACACAUACACCCAACGUGCCUUUUCCCGACCGAUUGGAGGGUGAAACACACAGAACUGUUAUGUACAGGGUCCCUCAUAGGAGUGUGACACAGGUGUGCAACUACCGGGCUCUGACAACACGCACCAUCUUUGGUCCCGAGCGUGUUCUCCUUGAGCCUGAUGAGGAGUUCACGGUUGUCUGUCUCUCUGGCUCCCCGUGGGAUCCGGCAAACCCUAACAAGUGCCUCCCCAAGGAGCCGAAUCGUAUCAAAGCACUUCACCUCUUCCUUGGCCCAUCUAACAUGACAGACAUUGUGCACGUUGAAACGCGCGACCACGCCCAACUUGCCUUACAGCUCUGUUAUGCAUGGUACUUUGACGUCACUCCGGGUGACGAGGUGGCGGCGCGAAAGUGUUUUGCUUUCGGAGACUUUGUAGGUGACACGUGCUCUUUUAUUGCGGGUCGCAUCCGUGCUGCAGUUGCAACUUUACCAUUUCAACAAUUCCACAAGAAUAAUGCCAAAUUGAUGCAGCAGGCGGUGUUCGGUGUAGAUCCUGAAACGGGAAAUGCAGAGGAGGAAUUGCGCUUUACGUCAAACAAUUUGGUUGUGACAUCUGUUGAUACGCAGCGAAUGGAGGUUCUCGACUCACGGACACGUGAGGGCCUGCAAAAAUCAGUGAAAAUCGCAAUUGAAAUCACGACACAGGCACAGGAAUCAAGUGCACAGGAAAUUGCCUUGACACGUGAGCAAGAGUCUAGUGCUUUGCUAGAGAGGCAAAAGAUGCACGACCAGGUGGCAAAUGAAACGCAACGAAGAGUGUUGCUUGAGGCUGAGGCACGAAGUCUUGCGAUGGUGAGUUCAGGCCGAUUGAGGUCCGUUGCUGAUGCUGCGGCAAAGGCGGCUGGUGUAGAGUACGAAGCUACUAUGCAAGCUGCACUCCUUCGUGCUGAGAAGGACUCUCUUAUGGGCAGUGUAUCGGCUGAAGUGGAGCGGAAGAAGAGAGCAUUGCAGUAUGAAUAUGAAGUUCAGCGAGCGGAAUUGGCCCACACACUAGAACGAGAGCUUGCUGGCAUUGAGAACGAUACGUUCGCUGCGGUGAUGAAGUAUAUCGGCCCUGAAACCCUGCAGGAAAUGGCAAAGGCAGGGCCAGAAUUGCAGGCCAAGUUGCUGGAGACUCUCGGGCUGGAGGGUUACCUGGUCAUGGACGGCAGCACACCCGUCAAUCUCUUCAGGACGGCCGCAGAAAUGACCGCCUCUUCACCGUCACCGUCUGCGUGA